AUGGAUCAGAUGUCAACGCCCCGCGUCAACUGCGGCCUGCUGAACGCCUAUGUCGGGCGCAAUGUCAUGGUGAUAGGCAAGGUCCAGCAACUCCGCGGCGACGUCGCCCUGAUCGACGCCGACGGCAACAUUACGGCCAGCCUCAACCGCGACUCCCACCUACUCGUCGGCAACGCCGCCCAGCUCAUUGGCAAGGUCAACCCGGACUUGUCCUUGAAGGUUCUCACCUCGAUGGACCUGGGGUCCAACGUCGACAUGUCCCUCUGCCGGUCGGUCGUCGAGGUGGCGCAGAAGCUCAAGCCGAUGUUCGAGUCGGAGCCCAGUCAGCAGCAUUGA